AUGGGAGACAACAACACUACAUACAUCGUAGAUUUGGGGGAAAAUGGUGAUAGAGACCUGGUUGUGGUUACACGUAGUGGGAAGUUAGCGGUAGAUGAUUUGAAGGGAAAUGAUGAGGCACAAGCUCAUGAAGAAGAUAAAGGUAUUGAGGAAGAAGAGACACCCAUCCAACAAAGCCCUCCAAUACCAAAAAUGGUGAAACCUCUUCCCAAAAUAACUCCUCCGUUUCCCCAAUGUCUUAAGAAGAAAAAUGAGGAUAAGAAUUUCAAGAAAUGUUUAUUGGUGUUUAAGACAUUAUUGAUUAUUCUCCCUCUAGUGAAGGCAUUGUUGGAGAUGUCGGUUUAUGCCAAGUUUAUGAAAGAGUUAGUCACAAUGAAAAGAAGCUUGGACUUUGAAACAAUUGAAGUCUCUCAUAGUUUUAGCGUAAUUACGACUAAUGAGAUGAUAAAAACAAGGAGGAUCCCGGAGCCUUCCUUAUGUGAUUUGGGAGCAAGUAUAAACCUAAUGUCAAAUGCAAUCUAUAAGCAACUUGGAUUGGGUGAACCAAAGUCCACAACAAUGAGGCUUUUGAUGGCAGAUCGAUCUAUCAAGCACCCCAUGGGAAUAAUCUAG